AUGGCUCCUAAUGAUUCUCAGACUGACCCUGCUGAAAUAACUUAUGUCGUUUUUGCCUCUGUGAACAUCGCUGUCUCUGCUGCCUGCAUGCUCAUGAACGUCUUUUUUGUUUUCUGUAUGGUCUUUCCACAGCAAGGAACAGAGCGGCUCAAACAGCCUCUUAACGUUUUAUUGGGAUCGCUUGUUGGGAGCAACAUUGCUCUUCAUGUCUUCACCCUUCUGUCUGUUGUCUCAGACUUCAUGUCAUCAUCAAAUUCAUUGGUUUACGAUGUUGGAACAGCAGUCAUGCUGUUCACCAUGAGGACCAGUAUCACCUCCAUCCUUUGGCUGAAUGUGUUCUACUACUGCCAGAUUGUUCCUGCUCAGCAUCCUUUCUUCAUCUGGUUGAAGAAGAAUAUCAAAGUCUUCAUAUACUCUGCUCUGAUCAUGGACAGGAUGUUCUUUCUGUAUGGCUUCACUGUAGCGGUUGCAUAUCUUGUUAAACAAUUUGAAAGCAGUACUGACAAAAACACUGCCUUCAUAAAUAAUACCACUGAUCCAUAUAUGGAUGUAAUGUUCAAAACAUUGCUACUAGAUUUCUGGUUAAGAUUAAUUUAUUUCUUACUCAGUCUUUGUGUGAUGCUGGCAUCAAGCUGUGCAACUGUUCUCUAUCUGCGGAGACACAUGAAGAGCAUGCAGGACAGCAACAGCUCCUUCUCGUUUCAUCUGCAGAAACAGAUGAGGGUGACCAUGACAGGCAUCAUACAGGCUCUACUUUACUUCUUCUGCUCAGCUUCGAUGGUGGCUAAUGAAAUUCUUUCAUUUGUAAUCCCUCCGCAGUACAAGCUGCAUGAGCAUAUUCUUUGCACCAUUAUUUUAUUGUAUUCUUUUGGGACAGCCGUUAACAUGAGUAUUGGUCAGUCAAUAUUUCGCCAGCGUGCAAUCAAUGUUUGGGAAAAUAUUCUCAGUUUUUUACUUGAUUGAAGUGAGCAAAAAUGUCAAAAGAGAAUCUGGAGUAAUUUUGCAACAUUUGGGGAUCCAAACAAAGC